AUGAGUUCUGGGUUAGUUAGGACCCAAGUGGCUCGUACGGGUCGAGAGAACCAAGUUUAUUCAGCACUUACUGGUGCCAGAAUUGUUGCAGGGUGUGUGUGUUUAUCGAAAGAUAAGCAGCAUGUGCUAAUGAUUUCUUCAGCUGCACGGAAGGAUCGCUGGAUCUUCCCCAAAGGUGGUGUUGAGAAGGAUGAAGAAAGUUUUGAAUGUAGUGCAAGACGUGAGACUUGGGAAGAAGCAGGUUGUGUCGGUGAUAUUGUAAGUGAACUGGGUACUGUUGAAGAUAUGAGACCACCUAAAAAAUGGAAUAAAAAUAUAAAGUCUUUUGCACAAUCUGAAGGUGAUGUUAUUCAGCAUCCACCAAGAUCAGAAUUUCAUUUCUACGAAAUGAUUGUCUCAGAACUUGUCGAAAGCUAUCCUGAGAAGCAUAAGCGUGAUAGGAAAUGGUUUAACUACGUUGAUGCCAAGCAGCAGUUGAUUUCAGCAAAAAGGCCGGAAUUACUAGAGGCAUUGAACAGAUCAAGCAUCGUCAAGGACAUAUAA